AUGGAUGACGCAUACAACCGCCAUGACGCUCCACCUACUGCCUACGACCAUGGCUCCCCUCCGAAUCACGACCACACCCCCUUGAAGCGAGAUCCGGACGAGCUCGACCCACACAACGCUUCCUAUCAACCUCCUCACUCCUACGCGUCCUCCUCCAUCAAUUUUGCCACUCCUGUGCGCGACUCUCAUGCCGAGGCUAGAGCUGCCCUUGAAGCCGUUGCCGCAGCCGCCAGUGCAGGCAAGAUUCAGAUGGCUGAUCCUCACACGUCUUCCUCCUCCAGCUCUGCAGGCUUCAUGACUACGCCAGCCAGUGCCGCCGCCGCUGCUGCUGCUGCUGCUGCCGCCGCCGCCGCUGCUUCCGCUUCUGCUUCCGAGUCCGCCUCCCCCGGCACGGCCGCUUCUCCCUUUGGCACGCACCUUGGCAGAAACAAGGCGUGCCAAAGCUGUCGAGCUCGCAAGCUCAAGUGCGAUGGCCAGAAGCCCGUAUGUGGUCAGUGUGCAAAGGGUUGGCAAAUCAAGUUCCGCAUGGCCCAGAACAAGGCCAAGAACAAGAAAAAAGCUCAGGAUCCCGCCGUCCGCGCCGAGCUCGAAAACCUACCCGAGUCCAUGCCGCCUUGUGUCUACCUGCCUAUCUCCCAGCGAAACUCAGGCCGUUCGGCCCGUGUCUCCACCUCUGCACAUGAUCCCGACGGCUCCAUCGCUCUCAACUCUCCCUCUGCCUCGGCACUCCCUCCCAUCGACGGCUCACCUAUGCCUGCUGCAUUCCGAAAGCGCAAGCGCGCCGACGACGCUGCUGAUGAACAAUUCAUCCAGAUGCAGCAAGAGAUUCAGCAGCUCAAGCAGCGUCUCGCUCAGGUCACUGGCGUCUUCAAUGGCGCUCAUCAGCCUUUGGAUCAGCAGCAGGGCGGCGUCGACGCUUCCGGCCGCCAUCCAUCCAAGGACGAGCUUGCCAUCGCUCACAUGCUUGCCACAAGCAUGCCAUCCGGAGAGGGGCCCUCUAACGGCUCACCGCUUCCUCUCUCGGCCUCGUUCGACUAUCAACAGGCCGUCGCUGCCGUUGCUGCCAAUGGCCUUACCGGUGCGGACGCUGCCAACUUUGACGUUCUCGAUCCUGCGCUCGGCGGCGCUGCUUAUUCUUCUCCACACGCCGCUGACCUUCGUACAGACCCGCGCAACACGGCUCACAAACAGGCCAAGGUCACUUCGAUCCAGGAACAGAUGGACCUCGACAAUGUCGGAAAUCCCUUGUUCGAGCUUAUGGUCACCAGUUGGCCUGCUGACUUUCCUCCUCCCAACCUCGUCAACCAGUUGGUUUGUACCUACUUUGAAAAGGCCACUGCGCAAUCGCUCUUUCUUCAUCCUACCCGCUUUAUGGAGAGGCUCUCGCUGGGCCCGCAACACCCUCGAUACCCUAGUCUCGGUCUGCUGCACGGCAUCUUUGCCUUGGCCUAUCCUCGCCUUCGCGGCGUCGACAUGCCUCCCGAUGCUGCUGGUCAAAACAUCUUCCAAGGUGCGGCUACCGGCGAAAGGCUCGCCAGUCUCAAGGCCGCUGCUGCCUUCCACGCCAAAAGGGCCAAGGCGCUCGGUGAACAGGCAUGCCAGCAGGCUCGUUUCGAGGAGGCAGCUCAGAUCGAGGCGCUGCUCUGCGCCUACUACUACAUCAACGACCGAUCCAUCGAGGCUUGGUUCUCUUCUGGAUACGUAAGCUCGCUCCUCAAGGGCAUGGAGCUCAACCGCCUGCCUUCCAUCAAGACGUUUGCCUCUGAAAAUCGUGGGCGCCAGUCUGCACCGGGCAGAACGCAGCCCAAGCCAGCCGUUUAUCGUGCCGUUCUCAAGCAGCCAGCUGCCACGCCUCUCGAGCAUGAAGAACGUCUGCGCCUCUUUUGGAACUGUCUCUACAGCGACCGCGCCGCUUGUUCAUCGACGCAUUGGGCGCAGAGCAUCGAUGAUCUCGACAUCAAGACUGAACUUCCGGGCGCGUUUGAUGACUUUAUCAACGGCACCGACGACCUCGUCUAUCGGCGCAGGCAAACGCUCGAGUCGCCCGACCUUUUCCACGAUGGUCACCACGAUCCUGCCAUCCUCCACCUCAAGGCGGUCAUCCUGCACUCCAAGUGUGUCAGCCACAUGUCGAGGCUGCCCAUCGACGCUUCGGUUCAGGAUGUGCUCACGCCCAACUUUUACAAGCUUGACGGCUGGGUGACGGCGCUAAUCCAAAGCUUUCCUGCGAAAUGGCGCGAUCUAGCGUCGUUUGACCAUACGCUUCGUCCUUGUUCGGGUUCAGAGGAGCCGCCGUUUUUGAACGAUGGUGUCAACUAUCGACCACAGAAGCAGAUCAGUUUGAUGACGAACCAGCUGGUGCUGGCGCAUUCACUCAUGCACGGCAGCUGCAUCUCGCUUCACGAGCCUGUAGCGCAUCGGGUCGCGGAUUCGGCAAGAAAAUCGGCUCAGGCAGCACAGAGCAUCAUCAAGAUCCUCAAGGUGUUUAUCGCAGCUCGUGUCGAUCUGCUUCAAGUGGGGUCGCUGAUGACGCUAAUGAUUGUGCUUGCGGCUCGAUCGGUGACGCGACAGUACAAAAAGACGCGCAGAGAGGCGGCACAGGCAUAUCUGCAGGUGCGACGCGCUCAUCCCGAGCUGGCGGCACGUGCGGCUGAGGCGGGCUUUGCCGUUUCAUCAAGCAGUAUGAGUGCAGCUUCGCCGUCGUCGUCGAGCACCAAGGGUCUUGGUGCUACGUACAACGCUAUGGGAGUGGGUUUGGACACUUCGGCUUCCGAUGCGAUCGAUGACGAGGCAGCGGCGGUGGCGGCUGCUGAGGUUGCAACGCACGCAUUCAGCGAUAGCUUGGAGGACGAGCUGGAAUUCGCACUGGAUACUGAUGUAGCUCUGCGUGCACAGAUCGAUCCAGAUGGCCAAUUGGCUGGGUUGAGGGACGAUCUAGAGCUCAUCUUUUGGAGUCUUAUCAAGUAUGGAGAGACUUACCCGCUCGGCGUAGGUCAGGCUAAGAUCGUAGCGCAGUUGUUGGGUAAGGAUUACUCGAGCGAGUUGGAGCAGGCCGGGUUGUUUAAGCGGUCUGCUGAGCCGAGUGUGGUGGGAAGUGCCAGUGAUGUUGGUAGCCGCAACGAUACGCAGAGUCCGGCCAGUCUUGGUGCCGGGCUGGCUGGCGCUAAUCAGCAUGCGGAGCUGACGCACUCGACGUUGCCUCCGUGCGCGUACGCUGGAGUCGGUACAGCCGGUCGCGCCGGCCGCGGCGAUCCGCGUGUCGCACCAUCCGCACCGGGUUUCCACACCAGCUCCAACGCCAGUGCACUGCCUACGUCGUUCCAUCCCACACUGGGCGGGUACAGGUUGGGCAACUUUUAA